UGUCAAAGUCCAGCUCUUGGACUCGACAAAAUAUCCGUCAACUGCUAACGUCCAGCUCUUGGACUUUUUUUUCCCGCUUUUUGAAUGAAGAAAUAAACCAUUAAGGACUAUUUCUAUCUCAUUCAAUCAUAUAUCGAUGCGUUCAGGAUAGAAAAAGCUAGCAUAUAAACCCCAAAGCACAGAUUCGUUAGAAUAAAUAUUAUGAUUUAUCGUCUGUUGAUUUUGUUGGCCACUUCAGUGAGCCAACAAGUGUCAUUGACGCGCGUUCCGAGUUUUUGCAGCUCAAAGUUAUAAAUUAAAAAGUGAAGUUUUUGUGAGUGUAUUGUGUUUAAACAAUGCCUGGUAUUAACGUCGGCAUGAUAGAGGAGCUGCCAGCCGGUAGCCCUCUUGAGGUGCCUUUGCACCCGCCUAAGCGACGCAGAUAUGUACCGGAAGCUGCUGUUCCCAGUACAUCAGGUAUCUGGUCAUCAACGCCUACCGACGACGCAGGCGUCGUCAUGAACAGUGACGUCGCGGAAGGUAGCGUGGCGGGAGGCAACCUAAUACAGGAGCAGAGCGUGGCUCAUACAUGUGAUGACCCUCCUUCACCGAGCGUGUUUGUGGAAUGUAGUACAUCAAUUACGCCACGUGCGCGGGGAAUGUAUGGUCCUCAUCGUCGGCUACAGGAUAAUGAGAUUGAGGACUUCCUCAACUAUGGAAGUGAAGAGGAGGAGGAUGGCGCCGACAAUGAGGUCAUGAUUCCCCGCACACUGCAAAUGUUCUUUGAACCCGAAGAAGAUACUAACGAAGAGGCUGAAGCGGCCGGGCGCAUUGAUGUGGAGCAGUUGUCCACCUUGGUCCCUGGGGUAGCAAAUGGACCUUCUUCACUGUACGAUUUUACUUGGAGGAGCUACCCCACGGAACCUAUUUCACCUGCCGAGCGCCGCGAAAAAUCCUUAUGA